AUGGUGGCCAUUCUGGUGGUUCGCCAUCGAAUGGUGGUCAGAUCGGACAGCAUAUUCCAUGUAAAAUAAUCGGAUAAACUUUGAAAGAUCGGUUGAGAAUUAGUUGCUUUUAGUUCCCGGAAUGGUUUUACGUGGGCGGACUUGUCGGCGGUUGGAUACUCGGAUUAGCAAUAUUGCUCUUGAUUUGGAGCAUUUGCAACUCGACAGAGCUGGAGAAGUACGAAUACGUUCGACAGGUUCGAACAGUUCCGUGUCACCGCAGUCCCGAAACUCUUCAGUUUUUCCCUAAUUGUCUGAAAGUGUUCGAUUUGCCCGGUGUGCUCGUCAUCACAAACGUGUACGGUCUCUAUUCACUGCUCGGUCUCAUUGCUAUGAUCGGAGCAGCUGCUGAGGGCGUAAGUUGGCUUUACGGUGAUCAGAGAAAAAAAGGAGAGUUGAGAUGUACAUAAUUGCCAGUUGCAUCGUGCUUUUCGAGCUGUCGAAACAAACGAGCCGAAUGAGCAUCAGCACGUUGAAUCAUCACAAAAAGAUCGUCAUCGACACGGCUGUGCAGGUGAGACAGAACAUAUCAUUUUAGAAUGAAUGAAAUCACCUGCUCGAGUACAUUCACAGAAUUCGCGUUCAAAUUGUCUAAAGAUCCAAUGUCCGGCCAGGACCCCCACCGUUCCGCCAUAGUUUAUUAUCUAUUUCGGGAAUAGGAAAUCGGAAUAAGAAAAACCGAGAGAAACUUUCAGAUUGUGAUCAAGUCAAUAUUCCUUUCGACGUGGGCAUUCUGGCUGGUGACUUCUUACUUCAUUGCAUCAGACGUUGAUACAAGAGGUUUGAGAAAACGAAAAUCAUUCGAAAAAGUAUUUUUCAGUAAUUUCGAUCGUUAUGAAUUCGUUGUUUGUGUUUGCGCCGAUUCCGGGAACCAUCUCGAUGCUCAUUCAGAAUACCACUUAUCGAAAGUUCGUGCUCGACAAAAUACUGCUGCGGAGACAAUCGGUCGUCAGUCCAGACAUGUAUGUUUUGCAUUGA